UUUCUCUGAUAAUCAAUCGCAUUAUACUGAAUUUUGUUUUUGGCAAUUCCAGGUGCAAUAGUUGUAUAGACUCGAUUGAUAUCGAUUUUGCUUCGAGGUUUUGUAAAAAAUAUUUGAGUAAACCUCUAGAAGAAAAGAAUUUAAAACUAACAAUGGAUAUAUUAAGAGAUGAAGUGGACUCUUUGGAAGCUAUAUUAAUGGAUGAUGUUAAAAUCACGAAAAAUUUAGAAAAUGGUUUGCCAGAACUCAUCGAAACUACGGUGUUUCCACAAGUUGGUGAUGAAGCCGAACAGUACGUAUGUGUUACCCUACAAGUUAUUCCAACAACUGAUUAUCCAGAAAGAAGUCCUCAAUUUAAGCUUUUAAGGCCACGUGGUUUAGAUGACACAAGGUUGGAAGAAAUUAAAUGUGCAUGUAAUGAGAAGUUGCGAGAAUCGAUUGGUUUCCCUGUGGUGUUUGAUUUAAUUGAGGUAGUUCGUGAGCAUUUGACUGGAAGCAACUUACCAAGUGGACAGUGUGUGGUGUGUCUAUAUGGCUUCAGUGAUGGUGACGACUUUACACGAACAGAAUGCUUUCAUUACUUGCACAGCUACUGCUUGGGUCGUCAUUUAAACGCUUUACGGCGCACAUAUAAGGAAGAAUACGACAAGUUGCCAAGCUGGCUUAAAAAAACUGCAGACCCUUUUCAAGCUUUGUGCCCCGUUUGUCGAGAGCCUAUUAAAGAUGAGGAGGAUAGCUUGCGUUGUGCCAUGCCACCAUUGGAGCUCGAAAACGCACCAGAAUUCAAAUUAACACGUGAACUUCGUGAUCUCCAGCAUCGUAUGUCAGCAUUAUUUUUGAAGCAGAAACAUAAAGGAGGUAUUAUAGACGUAGAUGCUGAGAGUGCAAAUGUGAUAUCUAUUGAAACUGAGGAAGAAAAUAGAUUAAGGUUGCAGAGCAAGCAAACUUGUAAUGGCGGCAUUAAAACUGAAAGCUCGCAAACCAACUCAUUAAGUUCAGAAGGUAGUGGAGGUAGUAAUCGAAGUCAGAACACUGCUGCAUCAUUGUCUUCAGAACAAAAGGAUGCCACUUGUUCUAAGACUUCGAGCAGUACAAACUUCGCACCAGUCGUUCAGCAAACACAUCGAGUAAGUAACGAACCCACUAACAACAACUAUCAUCAUAAUCGCCGACACUAUCGAGGAGGUAGACGACAUCAACAGCAUCAUCACCAUCAUCGCGGAGAGCGAGAACGUGAGCGUGACCGUGAUCGUGAUCGGGGAAACGAGAAUGCCGGUAACGUUGCAAAUCGUUCUGGAGGAGCCAGUACUAACGCAUCUUCUUCAACAACUGGCGGCAAACAAGCAAAGGCACAGGUGUCCAAUCAUGUGCAUGGCAGGUGACGAUUGGCACGAGUUAAAGCAAUGCCUUUUGUAAGGGCUAUGAAUCGGCGCUUUAGGGUGCCUUUUCAUCAGAUUUUGAAAUUACGAGUAUACCAUAGUCAUAAUUACGGUAGCAAUGAUGUCGAUAUGAAUAUCCUUGAUUUGAGUUUCCUUAAACACAUACUUUAUUUAACGUUAGCAUGAUUUACAAAUAGCUGAAUUGCAGUUUGACAUCCUUCUGUUUGUUUUAAAUUUGAGUUGAUCUCAAAACAUAAGCAAUUUUUUGUUGUAAUUAUAUAGCAUAAUAUAAUUUUUAAGUUGACCCCUUAUAUAGUGAAUAUGUUUACCAUAUCAAAACACAAUACAUAAGUUACUCGAAACAAACUGUCUAAAAGAGUAUGUAAGAGUAUUAAUGUUCUUUGAAAUCAUUGUGCUUCUUCGUUAAACUUAAUUUUGGAAUUAAAUUAAAUGACGUACAAAUGUUAUAUUUCUACACUAAAUGAAUGAGUGAAAUUUAUUCUUAUCUAAAUGAAAUUAUUGUGUUUUGUUAUAGAUCUUCUCAACAAUAUCCAAUACAAGGCUAUUCCUCUUGCUGCAUAAGCGCACACUUAAUUUUUAUUAAAAUAGGUUAUAUAAUAAAUAUUAAUUUAUGAAAAAAAUGACAUGCUACAAAUAUAAAUUUUAGCUUUAAGUUUAUGCUUUGAAAAAGUCGUCGUAAGAUCACUAAUAAAAUAAUCCAUAACGUGUUAGUAAGAAAUCCAAAUUUCUAACUAAUACUGCAAUAGAAUUUAGCACAAAGUUAGCUAAAACUUAACUUAAAAACUUUUUGUAAAUCUGAGCGCUUUCUCCACUUGUAGUGUUCGUGUGAAAUUAUUAUAAGUUACUAAAAAGCAGUAAGCAGUUUCUUGAUAGAUACGAGAAUAAAUCAAAGAUUCAGUCUAAAGCACCAAAUAUGAAUCGUAAUAAGGUAGGGUAAGUGUGACAAGACACCAAGUAACCAAGGGAAGGAUUAAGAUUUUUCUUUUAAUAAUAAAUACAUUUGUAGCAGAAAUUCAUUUAUAACAUUUAAUUUUUUCAGUUUCAAGCAUUUUAAAAUGAUAUUUUGGUGCACCUAGGGCUAAGUGUGGAAAACUUAUUUUUGUGUUAGUUGAAAAAAGAUUUCUAAAAGAAGAAUUAUAAGUUAUUAUAAUUUCUAGAAAUGGAUUUCAUAUAUAGUUUGGAAAAAAUAUUGUUUUUUUUUUAAUAAAUUUAUCGUUUGUUAAUG